CACUGAUUGGCAGCACUGAUAGGUGGCACUGAUUGGCAGCACUGAUAGGUGGCACUGACUGGCACUGAUGGGUGACAUUGAAAGGCAGCUCAGAUGGGCACUGGUAUGCACUGAUAUGUGGCACUGAUGGGCACUGGCAUGUGGCAUUGAUGAGCACUGACUGCUGGCACUGAUGGACACUGACAGGUGGCACUUCUGGGGCCACACUGAUCAUCAGGGCACACUGAUCAUCAGUGCCCUGAUCAUCACUGUCAGCGUGACAGCUCGAGAGGAGAGAAAUGCCGAUAACCGGCAUUUCCGUGUUUACAUGUGAUCAGCUGUGAUUGG